GUGUCGUGUAAAGACGUAUCUGCCGCCGAAUGCGAGUCCUUUCCAUGUGUGAGCGGUUUAACAUCUCGCCCUUUGCCUUCACUUUCCCCUCAAAACCGAUGUUCUGGAGAGGGGAAUGUAAAUGGUGAAGGCCCAGGUUUUUUAAUAGUGAUGCCCAAAUAAAUUUUACUUCGGUUGGUGAAGGCAGAGGAAGGGAAAUAGAGGAGGAAAGAGUGGCUACUGCACCGAUUGGAUAAGGGGUUGUCAGUGCAUCACGGCUGAAAAUGGCAUAACAUUGAGAGGAAAAAGGACUGUGUGCUGUGCUAAUAAUAUUGAUACUUUAUACAUAUGGAGCUGCAUUAAGGAGAUGUUAGGAAAGGAGUCUUUGGAGGGCAAUUAUCAUCCGUUAUUGAUCGGUCUGUGAAACCAUGUGAUACGUCGUCUUGCAUGGGCAUUUUAGAACUCUGGUUAGUGCUAGACGGCUCAUUCCUUCCGUUUCCCCCGUUCUCCUUAAAUGGCGGCUGCUAGCCUUAGCAGUUAGGAGGUUUCUGGACAUCGAGAAUUUCCUAGUUCGCUUGUUCUUCAUUUUGCAGUGCCAUGUCCAACACACGAGGCGCGUUUAUUCAGACCUCUAGGUUCUUCUAGUGGGUGCUGUUCGCUGACCAAGUAAGAAGAAAAUCACAAAAUGCUGUCAAUGAAAUGUUAGAAAAUAUUGGGAAAAAUAUUGAUAACUGAAUUAAUAUAUGUCCAAAGUGGGAAAUCAGAGGAAAAUUGAAAACACAUAAGGAAUCAUCAAUCAAACCUGCUAACAAACCGACCGAGGGCGACGAGGCUCACUGCCGGGCUCGAGGAAACUCGGGACGAUCAUGCCAGGAAUCGUCGUCUUCCGCCGCCGAUGGUCGGUGGGAUCGGACGACCUGGUCGUCCCGGGCGUCUUCCUUCUUAUCCUCCACUCGAUAUGGCUGGUGGUCUUGUCAGUAAUAUACGGCGUCGUAGGAACCCGCGAGGAGGGUUACGCCUGUUGGUCGGGCCUGCGGGAGCACGUGGUCGGCUACCUCGUCAUUCUCUCGGGCUGCGUGGUGGUCGAGUUCUGCAUUGCGCACGUGGCCAUGCGUGGGACCAUCUUGGACCCCUCACCGAGGGCGUCCAUGCAGUACCUCCUCUACGUCAGGCUAUGUGUGCUGGUCGCAGAGCUGGUGUGGGUCGUGCGCGGUGUGGUGUGGCUCAGCCAGCACUAUCAGACCUGCACGUCACAGGCAGCGAAAGAUGCCAUCUUAGGUAUCGUAGUAUGUAACUGGUGCGUCCUCGUGAGCGUGGUGAUCACAGUGUGGUGCACCUUCGACGCCGCCGGCCGCAGCUGGGUCAAGAUGAAACGCUACCAGCGCUCCAUGCGCGACUCGCACUCCAAGUUCCAGUACAGGAGAUCCGGCAACAGAAACCGUAACUGGAGGCAGAGGAAAGUGCUGAGAGCGUAUCAGGAUAGCUGGGAUCACAGAUGUCGUCUGCUUUUUUGUUGCAUGGGAAAAUCUGACGAUGCCAGAAAUUCCUUCAGCGACAUCGCGCGUUUGCUGAGCGAGUUCUUUCGAGAUCUGGACGUGGUCCCGUCGGACGUGGUGGCGGGGCUCGUCCUCCUGCGAAAGUACCAGAAGCUCAAUCGGCAAGACAUUGUCAAAAGUUCCAAGAACGAUGUCUACGAGUUUCUGUCUGGGGUCCCUAUUACGCCCAGGACGAGGUUCCUCCAGCUGUCAUCUCUCGAGGGCAAGGAGGAGUUUGAAAAAAUCGUACAUUAUAUGCGGUUCGCUUUGGCCAUCUACGGAUGGCCCAUGUUCGUGGUGAGCAGCAGCUCCAUUGAAGUGUGCAAGAUGUGUCCUCUUCUCAAAUGUUGGCGAUGCUGCUUUUCAUCCGAGGGCGAGCCAGAAGUUGUCGAGGACAAUUGCUGUGGCUGCAACGUGGCUGCCUUCAGGAUGAUGGCGCCUUCAGAAGGGAUGGACCUCGUCUACGUCACUUACCACGUAGAUGUCGGCGAGACGCCGUUCUUCGUUGCCCUGGACCAUCGCAGGAGGGCCAUCGUUAUUAGCAUCCGAGGGACUUUGUCUAUGAAAGAUGUGAUCACGGACCUGAACGCCGAGAGUGAGCCUCUGCCAAUGGACACCAUUAAGGAGGAUUGGCUGGGGCACAAGGGUAUGGUGUCUGCUGCAGAGUAUAUCCGGCGCAAGUUAAGGGAGGACGACAUCUUAAACCGCGCCUUCCGCUUCGACACAACCCGGGGGACGCAGCUGUAUGACCUAGUUUUGGUGGGACACUCCCUAGGCGCUGGAACGGCAGCCAUCCUGGCCAUCCUUCUCAAACAAGAACACCCGAACCUUAGCUGCUUUGCUUAUUCACCACCAGGGGGACUCUUAAGCAUGCCAGCUGCAGAAUACACUCGAGCUUUCAUCACUUCAGUUGUAGUUGGGAAGGACGUGGUGCCUCGGAUUGGCCUGCACCAAAUGGAAGCCAUGAGGGCUGACCUCAUCAAUGCUAUCCAGAGAUCUCGAGACCCCAAGUGGAAGACCAUUGCUUCGUCGUUUCGUUGUUGCGGGGCGUGGGAGGACAGCGGGGGCGAAGCCGAGGAGUUUUCAACCACGAGAGCCGCCAUGAGGGACCACGCCUCUCACCCGUCCGACUCCUCGAUCGCCCUCACGGUGCACCAGCCGCUGUUUCCCCCCGGCAGGAUUCUGCAUGUGGUCCGCCAUCACCCCAACAAGAGGCAGCGAUGGAUGCGGACGCCCAAGCCCGUGUACCAGGCCGUCUGGCGGGACAACCAAGACUUCGACGAGGUGCUCAUUUCGCCGUGUAUGAUCCAGGACCACAUGCCCGACCAGGUCCUCAAGGCGCUCGAAAAGGUGUUAUCCCAUUCAAAAGACCCGCCAACACCCAGGUCUCCGCCCACUAACUCAGAGCCCCGCCUUCACACUCUCGCAAAUCAGUCAGACGUGUAUGCGUAUGUAUGA